UUCUGUACUUUGGAAGUUCAUGGCGGGUCGCCGGCUGCCAUCUUGGACCUCGCUCGUUUAAGAAGCCGGCCGCCCGCAAAAAUCUCGAGUUUCACACGGCCGCGCGGCCUCAGCUAUUCCGCGAGUAAGCUUCGCGCUCUCGCAAAGAAAUCGGGAAUUCGUUAUAUUUAAUCCAGUCAAGAUUCGAGCUCGGAAUGCUCUAGGUUUAUUACUGUUCUCACGUGUACGUAGUUGGGUGAACAGAGGAGACAAAGUCAUUAAUAGCUGUAAGUUUGGAAUAGACAGCAGAGACAGUAUAUCUAUCAAUAAGGCACUUAUUAAUAGUAAUACUUUUGAGAGAAUGGCAUUACCAAGUAGAGCACGAGUUUAUGCUGAUGUGAAUUCACAUAAACCAAGAGAGUACUGGGAUUAUGAAUCUUAUGUUGUUGAUUGGGGGCAACAAGAUGAUUACCAAUUAGUAAGAAAAUUGGGAAGGGGUAAAUAUAGUGAAGUAUUUGAAGCCAUAAAUGUUACAAACAAUGAAAAAUGUGUCGUAAAAAUAUUGAAGCCUGUAAAAAAGAAGAAAAUAAAAAGGGAAAUAAAAAUUUUAGAGAAUCUUAAAGGUGGGACCAACAUAAUUACACUCCAAGCAGUUGUCAAAGAUCCUGUUUCGAGGACACCAGCACUGAUCUUUGAACAUGUCAACAAUACAGACUUCAAGCAAUUAUACCAGACGCUAACUGACUACGACAUAAGAUACUACCUCUACGAAUUACUUAAAGCGUUAGAUUACUGUCACAGUAUGGGAAUUAUGCACAGGGAUGUGAAACCGCACAACGUGAUGAUAGACCAUGAGAAUCGAAAGUUACGGUUAAUUGACUGGGGAUUGGCGGAGUUCUACCAUCCCGGUCAAGAAUACAAUGUACGAGUAGCUUCUCGCUAUUUCAAAGGCCCGGAAUUACUUGUAGAUUAUCAAAUGUACGACUAUUCAUUAGAUAUGUGGUCAUUGGGCUGUAUGCUCGCGAGUAUGAUAUUCAGGAAAGAACCGUUCUUUCAUGGACACGAUAAUUAUGACCAAUUAGUUCGAAUUGCAAAAGUUCUCGGGACCGAGGAACUGUUUGAGUAUCUUGACAAGUAUCACAUUGAACUCGAUCCACGUUUCAACGACAUUUUAGGGCGGCAUUCGCGUAAGCGCUGGGAACGCUUUGUACAUUCGGAAAACCAGCAUCUAGUUUCACCGGAGAGUUUGGACUUCCUCGACAAGCUCUUGCGCUACGAUCAUUACGAGAGACUAACUGCGCGCGAGGCUAUGGAGCAUCCUUACUUUUAUCCCAUAGUGAAAGAACAAGGUCGGUUGACCAUGGUGUCAUCAUCGCCUACUCCCAUGACAGGCUCAGUGCCUGUAGGUGAGUAGCGGCCCAGAUCAUCGUGGCGUAACAAUGAGCAGCGUACCGGUCCAUGGGACAAACGGAUUGGAAAGCAUGGAAGGAGUUGGAAGCGGGUGUUUGACCCCUUCGGAAGAACUGCCUCAACUCUUAUAAGUUCAGCAAUUCUGAACGGAAAACCGACUCCCAGUCUACUACAGAAUAUAACAAUGCAACAGCAGAUAUAUCGUAUCGCCAAGUACAUUCUUCUCUGCACCAAAAUCAUUCUGGUUUGUAACAGCGGCUUCAUCGAUCCCGUCACUAAGACUGAAAUAUUUCACUUUGCUGUGUCUCCUACAAAAGCGUAUAACCACUCGCAAUUCGCGACGUACUUAGAGAAUCACGGGAGAUUAGGACCUCGGCGUAAAAUCAGUCGCGUGAAGACACAUGCUCCGUCCAUAUUGGCCGGUGUGCAUGCGAUAUCAAAGGCAGCGCGUUGCUUACUUCCGUUUCACGACUCGCGAUGCGCCCUACUAUAUCUACUAUUUUUUCUGAUGUUGCUAUUAUUAUCAUCGUGUUCUUGGCAGAUCUAUAAGUGCAUAAAAAUGCAGCUAGAUCCAUUAUCAUUUGAAAGAUGAUUACUCGUGGUUACGCGAUAACAGGCAAGCGGUGGAGAUUUUAAACAAAAGUCACCCGUUCGCAUUCACACUUACACUCGCGAAUAUACAGAUACACACACGUCACACAAUAUACACACAAUUACACUUAUACACAUACCUUAGGCCAUUCAGUUUAGUACUUUUAACGAUGAUAAAAUGUUCGUUUAUAUCUGAUACCACAAUAGUUGAAUAAAAUGUUUGUUAUAGCCAAGUACUCUUUGUGCUCUGUGAAUAAACCUGCUUCUGUGCGUCCAGUAACACAAAGUGGCUACCGACGCUAAUCAGCCAUUGUUAGCCGAGGAGAAUCGAAGAAUUGUCAAGUUCGAAGACGCGCGACAUGUAAGAUACAUAAAAUUUAACAGGCUUGUCAGUAUUUGCUCGUAUAUUGCAUAUUGUGUUCCCUCGCGAUACGAUCGUUCUCCUCGAUAAAAGAUGCUUAAAGAGAAAGGGAGACGGAUCUGAUCCGUAUAUCCAAGCAAAUGGCAGUUAAUACUGUUCGAUUAAAUGCAAGCAAAAUUCACAAGCACCUUGGCACAAAAUCCACAAACAUUAUCGACACAAACAUACAUACAUACACACACAUACACAUACAUAUAUGGUUUAAAAUAUUAGAACGUGUAUAUUUGUAAAACUCGGGCUCUGUGCGCUGGUCAAUCUUACGCCGACUACUGGACGACGUUUGCUUUCCAUGAUUCACGUAAAAUCGCAUAACGACAGUAUCUUUGUUACAAAGUGAGUUACACGUGAAUUAUGAUCUAUAUAUAAAUAAUAUGUGUAAGAGAUGACUCAUCGUGUACAUUCGUGUGAGCAUUUGUAUAUCGAGACGAGGACAUAACACACAUUGUAAAGAAUGUAUAGGAAUACAACACACGCUCCUCUUGUACACUAUCUUUUUUAUAUAAUUUUCCAAGGAUUUGUCAGUUCCUAAUAAUAUGAUGAAAACACGAAUGAUGCAUUAUUAUCCGGACGGGACGUAUGAAUCGAUCGCCGUUUGUGCUCUCGCGCGUCGACAAUGCGUAAAUUGAUCAAAUCAAGCGGAGUGAGAAGAAAUUGGGGCGAGAGCGCGUGAGAACGCUCUGCAUUAUCGGUGAAAUAGUAACGUUCGCUUCUCUCAGUCUGACCGCUGCGUCGUUUUUGCCUUAUUCUCGCGUCAUUUAAUAAGUAUACGUAUGCAUACACAUACACGGACGAUAUGUUACAUGAUAUGCAUGCGCAUACACAUAGGCAUAGAUACAUACACACACAUACACACAUUCGCGUUAUAUAUUAUAUAUAUUUUUAUUUUUCAAGGAUGUACACAUACAUACAUACAUACAUACAUUACUUACACGUGACACAUAAAUAAAAAUAGAAAAAAAGUUCAUAGGCUAAUACGAGUAAGAAUGUUACUAUACAUAUAGGAUAUUAUACACGUGUAAAAAGAGCUGAGAUCACACUACUCGCGCGAUUUAACGUUAUAUAUAAAUAAUGUUCUUUUUUUUUUUAUUUAUUCCACUUGGCUGUCACGCGCCGUGUCGUCGAAGUUAUAUUCACUUGCUGUUCGCACGCGUGGGGCGGGGAAUGUCGGACUGGAAAAGGGAAAGAAAAUCGCUUUUAUCGCGGCAAGAACGGCGCAAACACCCUACACACGAAACCACACAAAUCACACACCGAUACACACGUACUUGUUUAACCAAGUUUUAUAUCCUUUCCUGUUCAUAAUGUUACGUUUACGAUAAUCUAGUUUAGUUUUAUAGAGAAGAAGGAAUAUGCGGAAUGGUGAGGAGAGAGGGGAAGAAUAAGUACUAUUUAAAUAAGCAAAAAUUAGCUUGGAGAAACGAAGAUAACGAAUUGUCACUAAUAGAAAUAAUAACACUGCUGAGAUGUGACUUCUUGGGCUAUGAUACUCUUUUUUUUCGCGUAGUAACGAGCCGUUAAGAGAGAGAGAGAGAGAGAGAGAGAGAAAGAGAGAGAAAUAUCAAAAUGUGACGUAUGAGAAUUCAUUUGAAACACCUCGCCCUCCCCCGACUCUAAAUUUCUUGAGGCUGGUGUUUCGAGCGAAUUCGACUUUUCCUUUCUUUUUUUACUGCACACUUGCUCGUUUGCUCGCAAAAAAAAACGAUAAUUUAUUUACGACAAAAGUGCAUUCAUUUCACGCGCGAUUUGUCGAAGAAAGAUCCUGUUUCUUUUUUCCUCUCUCAAUUUUACCUUUUCUCUCACAUUACUGUCAUGCUCAUCAUUGCUUUCCCUUCACACGACAUAUUAUCGGUCGUUAUUGAAGAGAAAAGAAACGAAAAAGAAAAUUGCCGCCAUAGGUAUAUGCUAAUCCGAAGUGUGCUACGACACAAAGUAUUUUGACAUGGUUAAGGUACGACAAUAAAAUUUGCCAAAGUG